UUGGCCACUUCCUUCCCCUGUCGCGAGCUACCAGCGCGUGUGACUGCAACGCCUCGACAGAGACCACUCCGCCGGAUUCAUCGACAGAAGUCAUCUCCGAGUCGAACUCUGGUCACGCUUCAUACUUCGUGUCUAGAAAGAUGAAGUUUAAGCCCUUGUUUUUGAUCGCUUCACUGCUGAAUUUUGGAAGCGCCGCGGCGCAGAUGGAUUCAACGGCUGUCUGCUACAUUUUGGAUGGAAUCCUAUUUGCUUACGGCAUCGUCUUGACUGUGCUGUACUGCAGACUGAAGAUGGGGUCAGGAAGCAAUUUAGGUCAUUCUCAGAAAAAACCUGAAGAAGGCAUCUACACUGGAUUGACCCCUCACGCCCAGGACACCUAUGAGACCAUCGGGGGUCAGAAGAAAGGAAUGCCGUGAAAGAGUGCCUGGAAGAAAGGGGGCGGGGUUUUAGCAAAGCCCCGCCCUUUUCAAUUAUGUCACACCAAUUUCCACAUCUGGUUCUCUCAGGGCAUCAACCAUCAGCU